CGCGGCCGGGGGCGCUCCGGUUGCCCGGGUUUCCCUAGUGCCGCGCGCCUCGCUGUCGUCUGAAAAAUGGUUUCUGCUCGUAGGGCAUCUUUUCUUAAAGGUAUGUUGAUUGGGAGCAUUUCCUGGGCUCUGGUAACUACGUUUAGCCGAAUCCAUAUUCGACUCGGAAGUCCAACUCGAGACCACCGACACCAUCACCUUCGACCUCCUAGCGGAAGAGAGUUCAAUAUUUCACAAGGGACACGUGCGGAACUCAGCAAAAGUAUACGCGUUUUUUGUAUCAUCCUCAGAGAGCCCGAAUAUGAGAGUUCCUGGACUAUGCUAAGAGAGACUUGGCCCAAACACUGUGACCAAGCAGAGGUCUACGGUGCUCAGAGCGAUCGCUCGUUCGGUAUAAAAAGAAAUGGCCAGUGGGAGCACCUCAGGGAAACUUACAACGAUGCCUUUGAAAAGUACGGCCACAACUUCACGUGGUUCUUUCUCGCACUUCCCACCACAUUUGCUGUCAUUGAAAACUUAAAGUACUUUCUGCUGACAAAGGACGCAUCACAGCCUUUCUACCUGGGCCACACCAUUAUGUCGGGAGACCUUGAAUAUGUGGCUGUGGAAGGAGGAAUUGUCUUGAGUGUAGAGGCGCUGAGGAGGUUUCACAGGCUUCUCAAUAAGCACGAAAUGUGUGCAAAUCGGAGUGUGAUUUGGAACUUCUCUUUCGACAAGCAGCUGGCAGUCUGCCUGAAAUAUGCCGGUGUUUUCGCAGAAAAUGCAGAGGAUUACGAGGGGAGAGAUGUAUUUAAUACAAAACCAAUUGCCGAUCUUAUUCAAGAGGCAAUGAGUAGUAACUCUCAGCCAAUAGUCAAAGGCUGCUGUUCUGAUAUAGCUAUUACUUUUAAUGGACUGACUCCCCAAAAGAUGGAAGUGAUGAUGUAUGGCGUCUACCGGCUCAGGGCAUUUGGACAUCAUUUCAGUGACACACUGGUUUUCUUGCCUCCAAAUGGUUCAGAAAAUGACUGAGGGAUGGCAAAUGUAGGACAGUGUUCUUGAAGGCCACCUGAAAUGUGACUAGUCCAAAUUAAUGUGAUGUAAAUACAAAAUGCACACUUCAUUCAAUAAUACGUAAUUACUAAGAGCCUACUUAGUAGGAAAGUGUAAAAAAUCUGAAGUCAGGUGUAAUUUUUAUAUUGACUCCAUCUGCAAUAUUUUUGAUAGGUUGCAUCAACUAUUAAAAUUAAUCUGUUUCUUUUUCAUUUUACUCAUAUGACCAUUAGCAAAAGUCAAAUUACAUA